AUGGAGGAUACCCUCUCGAGUCCAGAGGAGGAGAGUGAAGUGGCAGAGCUCCCUCCAAAGCCAAGGAGUCUCAAGAGUCUGACCAGAAUCGCUGUUAGAUUUGUUGAACUAAUGCAUAAUUCUGAAGGUGGACGAAUUGACCUGAAAGAAGCAGUGAGUGUCCUGGCUGUUACGCAAAAAAGGAGAAUCUAUGACAUCACCAACGUGUUGGAGGGCAUUGGUUUGAUUGAAAAAUUAACAAAAAAUGUCGUGCAAUGGAAGGGCGUACUUCCUGGAGGGAGUACCACAAACAUAAGCAGACAACACAUGCUUUUAAAGUGUGAAUUAAUAGAAAUGAAGCAGAAGGAAGAAAUGCUCGAUCUGCAACUGCGCUGGGUCCGGCAGAGCAUCAAGAACAUUUACGAAGACAACACAGUUUUAUCCUACAUCAGUCAUGAGGAUGUCUCCGACGCUUUCAGUGGCCAUACUAUAUUGGCAGUGCAAGCACCUUCUGGGACCCAACUCGAUGUUCCUAUUCCUAAAGCUAUCAGGGAUGGUCCAAUAACAUACCAGAUUCACUUGAAAAGCUCCAGUGGGCCAAUAAAUGUUGCACUUCUUAACAAACGUUCAGAAAAUUCAGAAACGGUGCUGUUGCCAGUUCCACCAUCCAAAGAACUCCUGCAUCGUGCUCAGUUGGCUCUGGGUAAUUUAUCAGAGAAGCAGAUCCAGUCCUUAUCUCAGCAACCUUCAGAAAACCCCAAAAACGUCCGUACGCUCCAGACUUUGUUUCAGGAGCUUGAAUCCAACAAAAUGGGCAGGUCUGGAUUUCACUGUUUGUCAAGAAAUAUUAGAGACCUCCUUGACCCAUCCAAAGAUCUGGAUAUAGAAAACAAUCCUGGCAAAGCGAAUCGGUUAAUGGAGACUGAUGUUCUUUCUCUGUCACCGCCUCCAAUCAAUGAGUACAGUUACAACCUGGAUGAGAGUGAGGGCCUUUGUGACUUAUUUGAUAAUUGGAAGACCGUGAGUGCAGUGCUGGAAGCAGCUCUCCAGGCUCUAGUGAGUGGGACGUACGGUCAGGCCAGUGCUGGUUUGCAAGGCUUCAUCUGCGCUCUUAGAGGUCAGAGUGACUGUACCUACAAUGUCAGUUGGCUGCAAGAGCUACUUCGCUUCCUAGAAACAAGAAACUGGAAGCCUGUGGUGAGUUUACACCCUCAAGCUGAGCCAGUUGAGCAGAACAAGGCCUCCACAGGAUUUGGCAGAUUAAAGCCUUUCAGUUUACCUCCUGAAGCUAGGAAACAAGACAGCCUCAACGUCAGCGGCUCUCUUGUCCACAUGAACUCUUCAGAUAGUGCUUUGAUGCAGAGCUUACUCCUGCAGGCCUUGUCCCGUUCCAGUGGUGGAGAGAAGGGGGGCCAGGUAACGAAGAAAAAUAUUGCACUUGUUCAAAGUCUAGACGGGCUGAGGAGCAGUUUGCUGCACAGAGUUGGAAGCUCAGUCUACAAUAAUCUAAAGACAAAAGUGACCCGCGUUACAAUGGCCAUGUUGGACGAUGUAGAAGGAUUGGUAGAUGUGCCUCACCCUGACACCCAAGGACGCUGCUCUGUUGCGUUGUGUGGCAAAGUCCCUCCUGACUUGACCCAGUCUCUGCCAGAGGGCAGCUGGGGUGCUGCAUACUGCUCAAAAAUACAUAAUUCCUCCUUUAUUGACACCUCCGAGAAUAUGUGUCACUACAGACAGUGGGCAGUCCAUCACUUUCUCAACAGCGAUCUCCUGGAGCAUUGUGUGCACACAGAUGGACUGAAAGAGUACAUUUGUCAAAAUGCCUCACUCCUGCAGCAGCUGGUGAGGUCAGUGCCACAGUUUUUGGACUUGUGUGCCAAUUUUCAGGCUGAACUAGAGGGCAGAAAGUGCUUCCUACAGAGGUUUUUUGAAAUGUUGCCGGCACCAUAUAAAUUUGACAGUGCUCGGCUCUGUGUGGAUCCUGCUCCUUUGAUGAUAGAAGUGGCGCACAAGCUGAGCAAGUGUGAGAUUGAAGGAGGGGAGCGAGAAGGCUUCAUGGUGGUACUGGGUUAUGUCCUGCGGCUCCUGGACUUUAUUGUGGGUCUCUCGUCCGGUUUGGAGGAAGGUGAAAUGGAGGCGCGACAAGGGUUAGGCCAGGCCAUCCUUCUUUCUAGUCUCCUCGACAAUGCAUCCUGGUCCAAUGUGCAGCCUGAGGCAAGUACAAGUGUCCUUCAAACUGUGGGGGUGUUUCUGCUAAGGGAGAAGAAUGCGUCUCUGAAAGAAGACCUACUGAGCUGCUUUAGUCCUGUCUUGUGGGACCUCAUUCAGCAGGACAACAACUCAACAGCUCUCAGAGUGCUGAUGCAGGACCCAGCUGUGGCCUCUGCUCUCUGGCAGCAGCUGGCAGAGUGUAUGUCCAAGGGAUUGAUCAGCUCUAAAGGCAGGCUCUCCUCGUGGCUCGCACCUGUGGUUCUGAGUCUGAAUGCCAGCAGCAUGGCUCAGCAGGAUCUGUUUGCUCUCAGUGGGGUUCUGCCUGAACUCGGAGCUUCCUUUCUGCUGUCAUUGCCCUCAGAAGAGCUCAUAAACGGUGAUGCAAGUGCGAUUGACAGCUCAGCUCUUGACUUCCUGGGGCCUUUGCUGCCUUUCUUGGACAGGAGAACACUGAAUCUUGUGGACAGAAGGGCUCUCGCAUUGCGGCUGGAAGACAUGAGAAACUUUUGCCUUCCUAAAGAGGCUCUUCAGGACAUUAGCGUCCUCCUCACACAGGAAGACCUGCUGGGAUUGUUUUGUCUUGAUGCGGCUGUCUUUGAGCAGACAGUGUUGACUAAAGACGCCGUGGAGCAGGUGCUGGUGGGUCAGGAGCUGUGGGAGGACAGUGCAAUCGGGCGCAUGUGUCUGGUGCAGUGUACGGACCAGAAGAGCCAGAGGAAGAGAACUGAGAGUCUCCUCCGGGGCAUUAUAAAGCCACGCAACAGAAGGGCUAAAGUGCCGGUCCCGAGCUGUGCCGAUAUCAAAGGGACCGUCCCUUCGGCAUGGACCACACUGCAGCUGAACCGAAUGUCUCAGGAGAAUCUGAAACACUGCGUUGAGGUUUUUGGACAAGACUCUUCUCUCAAUUACGAGCAACGCCGCACACUUUGGAAAAAACUGAGAAAGUCUUUCAGUCCAGUGCGAAUGCUGCGCAAAGACCAGGUUCUGUCUCUGGGCUCCAUUGUGACCGAAAUGAGUGAGAGAGAGCUGCAGGACACAGAUCUCAUGGCGGUGAUCUUUCUGCGAGAGCUGUCUUUACCCUGCACCGAGCACCAGAUGGAAGCACUGACUGGUUGCUUGUCAAGGCCACAGGCCUUUGGUCCAGUCAGCACAUGGGGUUCAGAGGUGUUCACAGAGAUUGGGACAUUGGCAGUGGGCCUUGAGGACAUGGUGCUGUCCGCUUUAGUGGAAGAGCAGUUUCAGGGAAUCACUGCUGAAGCGCUUCGCCUCAUGUCUCCACAGAAGUUCUCUGUGGUGUUCAGUGCAGUGCAGUUGUCCUGGCUCAGCACAGAGCAGGCGUGGGCAGUGACUGAGGAGCAGUGGGAAGAGCUGGAUCCUGAGCAAAGACAUGCACUGGGCCUAAGUCGAUAUGAAGGAGACAUUUUGCUUGAACAGAGAGGAAGGAACUCUGCUCCCUCUGCUGUAAACAUGAACCGCUUUAUUCUCUGCUUACUGGCCCAAUGUCAGUGUAACAGUGCAGCUGGGAGCUUUGUCCAGGAGCGUGACGCAUUUCCUGGGGCUCGUAAAGACCACUCAGCGGCGCACGCCAGCGAGAGUCGACCGUAUGCCCGCGAAACACGCCAGGCUGCCCAUGAUGUGAAUCCAAGCGGGUGA